AUGCUUAAUUCCGUCUUUAGUGCUAAAUACGCAUAUUUAAACUAUAAUGAAUUGCUAAUUUUAAGCAAAUACUCUUACCAAUUAACUCUUUCCAUUGAAGAAUUAACUAAGCCAGCAAGAAAACGUGGUAAUUCUGAUAAACCACCACGACCACAGAACAGCUGGAUAAUUUUUCGAAGAGAUUAUGAAGCGCAUUUACGUUUAUGUAAUCAAGACGUCAAACAAAAAGUCAAAGAAACAGCAAAGGAAUGCAGUUUAAAGUGGCAAGAACUAUCAAGCGAAAUCAAGCCUUUCUUCAAAAUAUUAGAAAAAAUAGCUUAUGAGAAUCACAAAAGCUUAUAUCCUCGUUAUAGGUAUAAGCCAAAAAACGCAAAAGAUUCAAGCAUUAAGAAAUGGGUUUUUCGCGAACAAAAGAAAUACGCACCUACAUCGUCACAUAAACCUAGCUCAACGAGUAACAAUUCACCUCCACAAGAACAAAUUGUUAGGUCGUCCUCUUUGAAUAGUACAACAUCAACAAUUGAAUAUAAUCAUACCAUUAUCACUAUUUCAAAAAUAAUUGAUGAUGCUCAUCUUUCCACUAAUAAUGCGAAUGUUGGAAAUUCGAUCAACAACGCGUUUGAUGAAAUAAUUUCAUUGGAUCAAUUUCCUUUAUCUGGACAUAUUAACGUUAAUAAUAAUGCGGAUUCAACAACCAUUGAUGAUACACAUCUUUUCACGAUCAAUACUAGUAAUGAUGUCGGAAAUUCGUUCAACGCAUUUAAUGAAAUAAUUUCAUUGGAUCAAUUUCCUAUUUUAUCCGGAAAUGUUGAUACAUGUAUUAACUUUAAUAAUCAUGCGGAUUCAAUAACAAUUAAUGACACCACAAUCAAUACAUGUACUAAUUCGAUCAACAUGUCGAAGGUUAACGUUAAUGAAAUAAUUUCAAUAUUAAAUUUAUCUGGAAAUGUUAAUAAUGCGGAUAUUUAUGAAGAAGCUUCUAUCAAUAACGCCUCGAACAACAAUUCUUCACAACCAAACCAAUUCAUCACUAAUAAUCCAAUAACACCGUCACUCUCGCAACUAUUUAUCCCAGAAUAUGAUAUAUUAAAUAUCAAUUUUGAAGAGUUAUUAUAUGAUAACUUUUCUUGA